CUGAUACCGCGAUGCCACAAAUCAUCGAACGCCUUCGUGUUAUCAAGUCGCACGGUUGCGUCAGUCGCGUGCAAGUGCAGUUGCCCGUAACGGAAGAACAAUAUUCUACGGUAUUAGGAGAGGGAAUUCGACAGCAUGGUUCGCAGUAAAGAUUCACUUCGGAAUCGUUCGAAGAAGGGAACAUCGGACGCAUCAUCAAGUCAACAACAGCAUGAAGAGUCUCGUGAAGCAUUUGAUGAAGCGCAUCGUAUAGAUGAAGAAUCUAAAGAAGCCAAAAUUGAAGAUAACGACCAAAAAUCAGAUUUAUCUGGGAUCGAGGAGCAGGAGGAAGAACUCUCUCUGACUGAGAAAGAUGUGAACAAGGACAACUCUGACGGCGAUGAACCACGAGAGAAUGAAGAUGAGGAGGAUGAGACUGGAGAGGUUGUGGAGGUGAACAGGUUUUGGCGUUUCUACGAAAUAAUCAAAUGCUACUACCGUUACUUCAGUAACAAUCUCGAGAAUAUUAUCGACGAUCUGACAUUGCGGCUUUUUAAUUUCUACUUCGGCAUGCAUCAACAACAGUGAAGAUCGUACUGAUCUAAUGAAUUAAUUUUUUUAAGUGGGUGAAUCAACCGAUCCGAGGAUAGAGUGGAAAAUAUCAGAUUCGUAUUAUAUUUUCUUUUUCUAGGAAAAUAACGCUGAAACUUUUUCAGGAUUUUCAAUCGUCUGCGAAGUAUUAAUCCUUUAGUAUUUAUAAAAAUAAAACAUCACGUGUCUCACAUUUUUCGAUUUUUAUUUUAAAAAAUUUACGCGAAGCUCUGAUCCUCCUCUGGGGCGGAUCAGUGCUUCAAAAUAUUUUGGAAUUUAUGAGAAAUCAUGAAAUUUUUGUGAGCGAAAUGAAAUCUACGAAAGUAUCUCUGUAAAAAUUCUGCAAUCUACAAUAAAUUCCGAGAUGUUUAUCAAAAACUGAAGUUGGAAUGAUUUAUUUUGUUUUACAACUCCAGUAUUAAAUUGUUGAUAAAACGGCAGGUAUGUUUCAACUGCUUGACAGUGAUUUUUCAUUUUAUUGGACGUGUCACGGAAUAUUCAGCAGUUCCCUUUAUUUUCUAUAAAAAUGUAGAAAAUAAAGAUAUUCAAAUUAUUACACUUUUAUUCUAAUUUAAUGUAACAAUUAACACAAAUAAAUCGAUGCCGAUUGCACCUCUUUAAGACAUAUUUUUCAAUGGCUUAAAAAAAGUCUACAG